CCUAGGUUCCCUGAGAAUUCCGGCAAAUUUGUACUCUCUCGCUCGCCAACGUUCUCUAAUUUUCUCUUUUCAUCCCCGCGCUAAUGUCGAAUUUGGAGCAUCCUUUCCUAAAAUCGGAUGCGCAUAUGCUAUCCAACAACUUCCGGUAGCCCUCGACCAUGGUUCUCUUUUGGUGAAUUUCUUUUGCGCUUUUUUAGGAAUCUAGGGUUUACGGAAACCUAAUCUUCUCAUGGCGAUGCCUGGGGUUGACUUCAAGUGGUACGAUGGAUUCUUCCUUUCUAUGCUCGCAACCAGCAUAGUAAUCAUUUCGAUCAAUUGGAAGCGGUACCAUCUUUGCGUGCAUCCUUUGCACAUUUGGAUUGUGGUGGACUACUCUGUUGUGUUCAUCUUUAGGUUGCUGAUGUUUGUGGACAAUGGUCUUGCUGCGGGAAUGGGUUUGGAUCUUGGCUGGCAACAGAGAUAUGCACGAUUUUACGGGAGGAUUGUUGUUCUUUCAGUUAUUAUUCUACUUCUUUAUCCUUUUCUUUGGGUUUGGACUGUGGUAGGCACAUUAUGGUUUACCAGUGCAAAUAGCUGUUUGCCAGAGCAAGGCCAAAAGUGGGGUUUCCUUAUUUGGUUGGCUUUCAGCUACUGUGGGCUAAUGUGCCUUGCUUUCAUGUCUGUUGGAAAGUGGCUGACAAGGAGGCAGGCUCACGUGCAUCGUGCUCAACAUGGGAUUCCUAUUUCUGAAUAUGGGGUUCUUGUUGACAUGAUUCGUGUGCCGGGUUGGGCUUUUGAAGCUGCUGGACAGGAAUCAAGAGGAAUGAGCCAAGACACGACAUAUCAUCCGGGACUUUAUUUAACAGCUGCCCAGAGAGAAGCAGUCGAGGCACUUAUUCAGGAGCUUCCAAAGUUCAGGCUUAAGGCAGUUCCAGCAGAUUGCAGUGAAUGCCCUAUCUGCCUUGAAGAGUUUCAUGUGGGGAGUGAGGUAAGGGGUCUCCCAUGUGCCCACAACUUCCAUGUGGAAUGUAUUGACCAAUGGUUAAGGCUAAAUGUGAGGUGCCCCAGGUGUAGAUGCUCAGUGUUCCCCAAUCUGGACUUGAGUGCCCUCUCCAACCUUCGUUCUGAAUCGGAAAGACCCUCAGCUAGCGAGGAGAUGACAGCAGCCACUCGCUUUGUGCGAUCAUCACAGCCUGUUCGUCAGAACUAUCUGCUCCGAUUGCAAGGACUGUUACGCCCUGCAGGGACUGAGGGUGGUGUCGGUGGUGGAAGUGCAGCUGAUCAUAGUGCUGGCAUGGACAGUGCAGUGCAUCCAGUGAUUGUUUCAGAAAGUGCAGAAAGCAUCACUGAGGAUCCCAACCUGCUUCGAGUUGUAGUCGAUCAGAGAUCCUCAACAUGAAACCUUCGCUAAAUGAGCGUUCUUCUGUAACUACAUAUUUGUCUUAUGUACAUCCGGAAAGCUGCAGCUCUUAGAAAAUGGUAUGGUUCGAUGUGUGUGCACCUCUCAGGAGUAGAGGAGUUGAGUAUUUGUCAUGCGGUCCAGCUCCUAGAAGAUGUUAUGGUUUCAUGUGUGUGCACAGCUCAGGAGUAGAGGAGCAUGCUGUGUCUUUAAUUUUUUGUGUUUUAAGCUGUGGAAGCUGUAUAAGAAAUACUUUCGCAAUGGAAGAUGGGUGUGUUUCUCUUAGGCUAGCAGCUUGCAAUAUCUU